CUUCUCCCGAACGCAAAGGUCAAGGUAACAUUUGCGGGACAUCCCUACCUCGCUGCUUGACAAGUUUGUUAUCGCGGAGUUGCUUUUAGUCUGUCACGAUGGCAAGUUCUGAAAAACAGAGGAAUAUCAUUGUUGCUAUUGACGGCAGCGAUUCUGCAGACUUUGCACUUGAUUGGUACUGCAAGCAUGUCCACCAGAAGCAUGACCACGUGGUGCUGGUGCACUGUCCAGAGCUCAACGGGAUGCUGCACUCUCAACGCUGGAACAACUCGGUGUACGUGUUUGACCGAGAAGUGAUGGAGGCCAUGUUGAAGGAUGAACAGCACAAAAUCCAAAAAGAUCUUGAAAAGUUUGCAGAAAAACUCAAGCAUCAUGGGAUUGGUGGGAAGGUGAAGAGUGUCAUGGCUUCCAAACCUGGUGAGGGGAUUAUCAAAGCUUGUGAGGAGGAACAUGGCGAGAUGGUCAUCAUUGGGUCACGUGGUCUGGGCACGCUCAGACGUACCUUCAUGGGCAGCGUCAGCGACUACGUGGUCCACCACUCCCAUGUUCCCGUGUUUGUCUGUCGAAACAAGGAACACCAUCACCACCACCACCACCAUCAGGGUGAACAACAGAAGUGUGCCUAGAUGUUCCAGGAAUGUCCUGGACUUGAUCUCUGCAUCGAGUGCACAUGUACCAAAGAAUCACCGUGACACCGUUUUUUUAUCUAUGGAUUUUUUGUUGUGAAAUUUCUGGACGAUAGAUCGGA